UAAAGAAGUACAGUACAGUAUUUGAUUUAUUCAUGCACUUUUGAAGGUCAAAGGUCGAGCAAUAUUUGAUCAAAACAAAAACGCCAUCAUAAAUUUUUCAUUUCGUUUCGUAUCAGAAGUUUGCCACAACUGCCAGAGUUUGCGCCUGUGCUGUCCAGCGUUUAGUAGUGAGUCUGAUUAUCCAUGUUGGAAAAAUGCCCGAAAUGAGCUCUUUGCCGGAGAAUAUACCAGAGUUACCACCGGCACCGCCACGCGAAUCUUUAAUAUCCACAGCUGUAAAAUUUCUUCAGAGCACCAAAGUGAGUCAAAGCCCGCUGGAGCAAAAGAAACAGUUUCUUUUAAAGAAAGGAUUAACGGAUAAAGAAAUAGAAAUUGCAGUCUCAAGAUCAAAUUCUUCCUCUGAUCAUCAUGUAUCAGUGCCGUUGUCAAAUUCCGAACAAAUCGAUAUGCCGCCAGUUUCUGCUUGGACCCGAAUUCGGCAAUAUUCUGCUAUCGCAGUCAUAAUUGGAGGUGUUGUUUAUGGACUAUACUAUUUGUAUAAGCGAUUUAUUGAACCAAUUUUCCUGAAAUCUGCUAAAUUACAAGAAGAAAAACUUGAAAAGAUGGAAGAAGGUUUGAAAAAUGUUCAGGAGGAAUUAACACAAAAUAUGCAGGAAAUCCGAAGUUCUAUGAAUGAAAUGCAAGAUCAUCUUGGAACUCAAAAUGCAAAACUUGGUCAAGUGGCUGCAAAUUUAACAUCUUUCAGAGCUGAAUCGGGAUAUGGAACUGUAUCUAAUUCAGCAAUCGGAGAAUUAAAAGCAGAAAUAACGUCGAUCAAAGGAUUACUUUUGAGCAGGAAUCAGUUCCCAGCACAACCAUUACCAAAGCCAAUUAUUCCAAGUUGGCAAAUGAAACCUACGUCAGAACCUUUAUCUUUAAAUGGUUCCACUUCACCCACAAGUGCAAAAGAAGAUGAAGAUCAUGCUGACGAAUCCCCUGAUGAGAAUGGCAGUGGAGAUAAUGACUCUGGUAAAGUCCAGUUAAAAAAGACACCUCAUGUGAAUGGUUUCAUGGAUGAUGCUACAGAUGUACAUUCUGAGAACGAAGACAUCCCAGUUAUUACUGGAAGUUGAUAAAAUGAUUUUUGGUAUAAUUCACCACCUCGCCGUUUUAAUUUUGCUAAUUAAUUCAAAGCAAUGGUUCAACAUCACAGCUUACAAUUCUUUGUAUAUUAAUGUAAUAGGAAAAGGUUCCCCAUGCCAUCAGUAUUUUCAAAUCCUCCUAUGUUGUAUAAUACAAAAACAUUUACCAUAACAUGAUUAUUUGCUUUAAAGUUGGUAUUUUCUAAUUUUGUGCUCCACAAUUGUAUGCAACUUUGUCAUUAUCACUUUGAUGGAAGUUGAUCCGAUUGACUAUUCUGAUAAGCUUUGUGUUAUUUUUCUUUAUAUAUCUCAUUUAUCUUAGAGGAAACAGAUCUAGUCUAUAUGAUAGAUACACUGGUAGCUGAAGAAGAUUAAAAUUGAACGUUGUUUUUUUAGCUCAUGGUUGUAUGAUGUCUUGAUACUUGAUAUGAAAAUUUUGUUUUUCAAUGGAUCUUUGUUCUUUGUGAUUUAUUUACUAAAUAUCUAAUAUCGUUUUUCAAUCAUUUUUACUGUGAUUCUUCUAAUUAAAUUUCUUACAUGAAACUAGCUACACUUCGUUAAAAAUGUUCACUUCUAAAUUUACUGCGUCUUGAAUGAAUGUUGAGAGUCCCAUUUCUGGAUGGUCCAGGCAUCUCGUACCAAUAA